CCCGGUGGUGCAGGGAACAGUUCUGCCCAGUACUGCUGCCUUCGGGCCGGUUCCGCUUCGCUGCCUCCCCAGCCGCAGGGGUUCAGGGGAUCCCGGCCGGUUCCGUGCCCUCCGCAGCGAGCGCGUCCGAUCCGUCACUGCUCGCAGCUGGGAGGCUGGUGCGGGCCUCUCCGCCCCUCCCUCGGCUCUCUCCUGUCAGCUCAGCGCCCGGAGCGUUUCAGUGUCAGGCGUCUCCAGUAUUCAACACGUAUAUGGAGCUCAGCAUCCGCCUUUCGAUCCAUUAUUGCAUGGAACCUUGAUAAAACCAGGUUCAAAGCCACCUACAACUCCAGUGAAAUUAAAGAAAGUCAGCACCUUCCAAGAAUUUGAAAGUAACACAAGUGAUGCUUGGGAUCUGGGUGAUGAUGAUGAUGAACUCUUAGCAAUAGCUGCUGAAAACCUAAAUACAGAAGUGGUCAUGGAAACGGCUCACAAAGUCAUUCAGAAUCAUAGCAAGUUACAGGAACAGCAUAAAUUUCAGGAAGAAAAACAAGUAGAACCUGCAGAGCUAACUUCAAUUGCAUGUGGUGAUAAUAGGCUUGUUAAAUCAGUCAGUGAAGGACAUACAUCGAGUUCAUCAGAUAACGCUAGUGAAAAUUCUUCCAUGCAGAGAUCGCAGUCCCUUCCACAAACUUCCACACCUCCCUUGGUGAGUGGGAUGGCAGACUACAGUACCUCAGUUACUCCUGCAUUAACUGAAAGAGAAGCAUCCCGAUUAGACAAAUUUAUGCAGCUACUUGCUGGCCCCAAUACAGACCUUGAAGAGUUACGGAAAUUGAGUUGGUCUGGCAUUCCCAAACGGGUUCGUCCAAUUGCAUGGAAGCUUCUUUCAGGCUAUCUUCCUGCGAAUGUGGACCGAAGAGAAAGCACUUUACAAAGAAAACGCAAAGAGUAUUUUGCAUUUGUUGAACAAUACUAUGAUUCCAGAAAUGAUGAGAAUCACCAAGAUACCUACAGACAGAUCCAUAUAGAUAUCCCACGCAUGAGUCCUGAAGUUUUAAGACUUCAGCCUAAAGUAACUGAGAUCUUUGAAAGAAUUUUGUUUAUCUGGGCAAUACGUCAUCCAGCCAGUGGAUAUGUUCAGGGCAUAAAUGAUCUUGUUACUCCUUUUUUCAUAGUCUUCAUUUGUGAAUAUAUAGAAGAAGAAGAAGUGGAAAAUUUUGAUGUUUCCAGUCUGCCUGAAGAAGUGCUGCAGAACAUAGAAGCUGACAGUUACUGGUGCAUGAGCAAGUUGCUUGAUGGCAUUCAG